UGUAACAAGUACAAGACACUUCCAUUCUAUCAUAGUAGGAAAAGGAAGGAUUAAGAAAAAGGAAAAGGAUAAAAAAACCAUUUCCACUCUCCAAUUUGAGGCCUUGGAUUUUUAUUGUAACAUAUUAACAUGGUAUUGAUUCUCUUAUUUUAAGCUUAUUAAAAUCCACUCUCCAAUGCGGGCUGAUCCAAACCGUGUCAUAAAGUGGGUACCUAGCGGCAGUACGGUUGCUGCUGCCAGAAUUGCAUCAGAGAAGUUGUUAAGGAGGUUCGGAGCCGGAUCCUGGGAUCCAUUAGGUGCAUGUUCCGUCAUCAAGAAACAACUGAAAGGAAAGCUUAAGGGAUUGUCAGGCCUUCGAAAGGCUGCAGUCGAGCAUCAAAAAUAUGUCAAAGGCACAACCAUGUAUCCUUUGGAGCAUAAUCUUGGGAAUGGUAUCCUCUGCACAGUUCCGACCGAUUGA